CUUUUUCCACUAGAGGAAGCUGUUGAGGUGGCAAGGUGGCUGGGUGGGGAGGGGAGCCCAUUCAUUGCCUGCACUUCUCUGCCUAGAUAAAGCUCAGUCUUCUAAAGUCAACACGAUAAUUAUGUUCUGCAUUGGUGGCGGUAUCCUGGUGGCCAUUCUUGUGCUGAUGGGUGUUGUCAUCUGUCUUUACUACAAAAUAUCCGACGCAUUGAAACCUUCAAAGGCACCUCUUUGUUUGGCCUUAAAGAGUAAUCCGGCCAUGCUCACUCAGGACAAGGUCGCCGCGGCCGCAGCCCUCACCCCUGGGUCCUACCCCAACGUCCAGUGCUGUGACGAAUGUAGCUUGUAUGCUGACUAUGACCCCCUGCCACCGUGCUUCUGUGACGUAAAUGAGGGACUCUGACUUGGGUGGGCACAAAUAUCUUCAUG